GCGGCAGCGGGAGGGUUCUGGCUCCCGGGCCGGCCGGGCGCGCGAGGGUGUCCCGCGUCCUCCGUCCCAGCUGGAGGAGCCGCCCUCGCGCGGUCGCACCUCCACGGCGCCCGCCUGCCCGCCGGUCGGUCGGCGCACCGGGCCUGGCUGCUUCUGCCUCCCCCGGACCGCUUAGUCUCGACCCGGGUGUGUUUCUGCUACUAGAGGUGAAGCAUACACAAUAAGGAGAAGAGGACCUGGGGUCUUGGACCAAGAAUGAAACAUGACUGAGGACUCUCAGAGAAACUUUCGUUCAGUAUAUUAUGAGAAAGUGGGGUUUCGUGGAGUUGAAGAAAAGAAAUCAUUAGAAAUUCUCCUAAAAGAUGAUCGCCUGGAGGUUGAGAAACUUUGUACUUUUAGUCAGAGGUUCCCUCUCCCGUCCAUGUACCGUGCAUUGGUAUGGAAGGUGCUUUUAGGGAUCCUGCCUCCUCACCAUGAAUCCCAUGCCAAGGUGAUGAGGUAUCGCAAGGACCAGUACUCUGAUGUGCUUCAUGCUCUGAAAGUCAUUCGCUUUGUCAGUGAUGCCACGCCCCAGGUCGAAGUCUGUCUCCGGAUGUAUCAGCUGGAGUCUGGGAAGUUACCUCGAAGUCCCUCUUUUCCACUGGAGCCAGAAGAUGAAGUGUUUCUUGCCAUUGCUAAAGCCAUGGAGGAGAUGGUGGAAGAUUGUGUUGACUGUUACUGGAUCAUCCGAUGCUUUAUGAACCAAGUAAAUACCAAGUACUGGGAUUUUUUACCCCAGCUGCCCAGGCUUUUUGAACAGUACUUGAAUCUGGAAGAUAGCAGACUGCUGAGUCAUCUGAAGACGUGUUCUGCAGUGUCUAAACUUCCUUAUGAUCUCUGGUUUAAGAGGUGCUUCGCAGGAUGUUUGCCUGAAUCCAGUUUACAGAGGCAAGUAUUUCUCUGGAAGACAUAGUGAAGGCUUGGAGUUAGAGAAGAAUACUGGCCUUCCGUGUGGUCAUCCCUCAGAAUGUAAAUUUGCUUUAGAACAAUAUGGGAAUUUGAAGCUAAAUUCUCCAGCGGCUCCCAUAGUAGCACAUGAUCCUGCUUAUUAUUGAAUAUACAAUUAGAAAAAUUGAAGGCCUUCAGUGUGUUACAUGCUGUAUGUAAUCACAUCUCAGACAAUCUCCAGGAGUUUAUAUAAGGAUAAUUUCCUCUUUCCCACAAAUGUGGUAGAUCCUAAUCUGGCAGAAAUCUUGGUAUGUCUUCGUUUCAUCGUGACAUCUCUAAAGGAUCUGAAGGCAGUCAAAGAUUGGAGAUUGAAACUUAGCUCCUGCCGUCAGGGGCAGACUUGUGUUAUGGGUACUUCCGAGUCCCAGCCCCAUCUCGCCAAGAUUUUAUGAUGUAGUUGAGAAAAACGGCAAUACACAGAGAACAUUAUAAGACAAUACAUAACUGGCCAGGCGCGGUGGCUCACGCCUGUAAUCCUAGCACUCUGGGAGGCCGAGGCAGG